ACUGGGAGGUGGUCAGAAUACAAACCUGCUUUGCUUCUCCGUCAGUUUUUCAAAGAGGGUGGGAUGAACGCUGUUUUAACCAAUCACAGGGCAGAGAGCUAUUGCGAGGUAACUGGAUGGGUGGGAAGAGAUUGAAGAAGGAAGUGUGAAGAAGGGAACAAAGACGAGAAGACGACAGAGGUCACAGGUGUUCCUUCCUUGUUCUCCUGACUGUCCAGGUUGGUUCACACCGGACAGGUGCUUCUCUUUAGGGAGGCCCAGUUCCCAGUGAACUCUCUGUGUGGAAUGGCAAGGGGUUUUCUGGCCCGAACUGUUGCUGUGGUUUCUCUUACUGUAACUCUGUCUGCUGGUGCUGCUAGGUGUUCUUCCUGUUACUAUCUCUACCCGCUGUUCCAGGCUGCCAGGACUCUAGCCUACAGCCCAUCUUCGGAACGUUGGUUCCACAGUGAGACUGCUAGAAUGUCGUGCGGUCGAGCUCCAAAAAAGAGCUUGCACAGCAAAGCUAGGACCUCCCCAUAUCCAGGAUCGAAGGUCGAGCGCAGCCACGUGCCCAAUGAUAAGGUGGACUGGCUAGUUGAAUGGGAGGACUACAGCCCUGUGGAAUAUACUGCAAACUCGGUUUUGGCAGGGCCGAAGUGGGCUGAUCCAGAAAUCGGGGUGAAAAACUUUGCUCCAAACUUCAAUGAGAAGGAUGGGCAAGUGGAGAGGAAGAGCCAGAGUGGUCCAUAUAAUGUUGAAAAUGGAAGGCCCAGGAAUCCUGUAGGCAGGACAGGAAUCGUGGGGCGAGGUCUUUUGGGGCGCUGGGGGCCAAACCAUGCUGCAGAUCCUCUGAUUACUAGAUGGAAGAGAGAUGUUAGUGGCAAUAAAGAAGUUCACCCAUUAUCUGGCAAAAACAUCUUGCAGUUCAUAGCAAUCAAGAGGAAAGACUGUGGGGAAUGGGCCAUCCCAGGGGGCAUGGUAGACCCCGGGGAGAAGUUAUCUGCGGCCCUGAAACGAGAAUUCAGCGAGGAGGCCUUGAACUCCUUACAGAAAUCGAGCACGGAGAAGGAAGAGAUGGAGAAACAGCUGAAUAGACUUUUCAGUCAGGAUCAUUUUGAGGUGUAUAAGGGCUACGUGGAUGAUCCUCGCAAUACAGACAAUGCUUGGAUGGAGACAGAAGCUGUAAACUACCAUGAUGAAUCUGGUGAAAUAAUGGAUAGUUUGCACCUGGAAGCAGGAGAUGAUGCUGGGAAAGUGAAAUGGGUUGACAUUGGUGAAAAGCUUAGGCUGUAUGCCAGCCACGCCGAGUUCAUCAGGCUUGUAGCAGAAAAAAGAGGAGCUCACUGGAGUGAAGAUCCUAACCUCGGCUGCCGUGUUGGGGCUGGGAUCUAAGUGCAAAAUAACGCCUAAAACACAUCAGAUUUAGAAAUGGAUCAAGGUGUUAAAGACAGACAACGAACAAAGCAGCCUUGUGUGGGAGAUUUGUGGUGUAUGACUUAUAAAGCAUGGAUUGCCAAAUAAAGCCAAGUUGAAUCUCUUUGAUUUCCGUGAGAGAGAUUUUAAGCAUGUGCUUAACUCUGCUUUUGAAAUCUGUGGCUGACAUUCAGUACAGCCGUGAGAACUCCAUCCUUGCCAGGAACCAGUAAAUGAGCUGCGUUUGAAGCUUAGUGUGCAACACUGCUUGCAGGGUGGGAGAUGGAGACAGUUUUCACUUCUCACCUUUCCCUGCAAAACCCCCUUUAUCUGCCAGGAAUACAGUAGGUCCCUGAGGGUUGCACAGCUAAUUUUACGGGCUCCUUAUGAGGAUGGAGCUCUUGUUCCACCCUUGGAAAGCUGCGCUGCAUGUCAGUCACUGGAAGAUAAGUGUUUAGCUUCCGCUGUAUCGUGCUCUAUCUUUUUUCCUAAUAAAUAUUGCUAGGAGAUCAAAUAACUGUUUUUUAUCCAUUGGGGAAGGGGAAGGGAGCUUUAAGCUUUUUGACCUGCUGUGAACCUGAUCCAGACCCCCGCCAGCCCUGCAGCUGCUAUCUGGAGAGAAAAGGCAUACUGUAUCUUCCUUGUUAAAUAGCAGAGAUGGUGGAGGCCAAUCGGCAUCAGGAUUGUGGUGGGGACAAAAGCCCCCCCCCUACAUUAAGGCCCCCCCCCGUUAGUGCUAAUGAGAGGCUUAAUGUAUUGCAGUUUCGCCUUAGAGAGACAUUUUGCAAUAUACUAUUAUAAAAUGUAGUCAAACAAGUCUCUGUUAUUCUCAGAGACUGAAAAUGUUUUGCUUUUGCACAGUUGUGAGCACUAAAGUGGGGAGAAUUUGGGACCUGGAACGUUUAAGUGUAAUACUUUUCCUCUUUUUGUGCCAUCGCCUUUCAAAUUGCAGUUGCUGAAUGUAAAUGACUGUGACUUCUAUACUCUUACAUUCUUUUAUUUGCUUGUGUUGAUCUAAUGUUUGGGAAAUGAACUUUGCAUGUUGACACUGGAAACUUCUUGUAACGAUCCCAGAAUACUCGAAGAAGAACUGGGUCCUUCAGCCAGAAUCGGGAUUGAUUUCAUGUGCAACGUAAAAAUCACCAGCAAGGCAUGAUCAUGCCGGGAAUUAACACUCUUAUAUUAAUAUUUUAUUUUAGUGUACUGCCCCUAUUGUUUAUGGGAAAACAGAGAUGGGUGGUGGGCGGGGGAGAGAUUCAUAGCUAUAACAAAGAAAAACUGUAAUGCAGAUUUCAUUUUAAGGGGCUGUGAUCUUAACUUAAUAGGAAACAAAGGGCAGCAUAAGUAGGUAUAAAGCACAAGCAUGGAAUAAAAGAGACCUGCAAUCUUGA